CUACAGUACAUUAGAGGACCAGCCUACAAGUCUGCCCAAGCUUUAUCCGGUAUCAACGUCGCUGCCAUCAAGGCCUACCUCCCAAACUUGGCUUUUUGGGGUGCUGCUGCCGGUGCUGGUGUUGCCACUUUCACUGAAGGUGUCCCAUUGUUCCAAACCACCUUCUACGAAAAGAUCCCAUACUUCGGUAACCACUGGAUCUACAACCCAGACCCAGAAGACAUCCCAAUCUAA